AUGGAUUUAUUACGUCUAGCUGAUAAAUUUUCUGGUAUUUUAUCGUUAGCUAAUGUUCGUGCUAAAGCGGAUGAUUUUCUUAUUGAUCGUUUAAAUUAUAAAUUUACAUCAGCUGUUUUAUGUGGAUUUGCAUUAUUUUGUGGUGUGAGAUCAUCUUAUACUGUACCAAUUAUUUGUUGGACACCAGCACAAUUAAGACGAUAUGAAAGAGCUAUAACAGCUUAUUGUUAUGCAAAUAAUACUUAUUAUAUACCAGAUGAUCGACGUGUACCUUCGACUACAAGUGAACGAUAUGAAAAUUUAAUUAUUUAUUAUCAAUGGUUGCCAUGGAUUUUUGCAAUUCAAGCAUUUUUAUUUUUUUUGCCAAAAAUAAUUUGGCAUUUAGCUCUUUUAGGUAGUCGACAUGAUGUAAAAUCUUUAUUAGAUGCAGCAGAUAAACUAUAUGUUGUACCUAAUUUGGGAAAUAAAAAACCAUUAUCAAAAUAUCGUUUAAAACAACUUGAAUAUUUAAAUCGUCGAUUAUUCAAUCGAGAAAAUGGUGAUGAUAUAAUUAUUCAUAGUCAUCAUCGUAAUAGUCGAAUAUUUUCAUGUUAUUUAAUAAUAUGUUAUAUUGGUAUUAAAUGUUUAUAUUUCUUAAAUUGUUUAGUUCAAAUAAGUUUAAUUCAUUUAAUGAUUGGUACACGUCCAUUUGGUAUAAAUCGUUUUAAACAUUUAAAAGAAGAUACAUUUGAAACACAUUUUAUUGGACAAUUUUUAAAUAAAAUAAGUUCAGGUGUAUCUGAAUUAAUUGAUACAAGUGCAUUUCCAAAACGAACACUUUGUGAUUUUACAUUUCGUGAAUUAGCAUCUAAUCAUGCAUAUACUGUUGAAUGUAUAUUACCAUUAAAUAUAAUUGUUGAAAAAAUGUAUGUCUUUUUAUAUAUUUGGUUUAUUUUCUUAGCAUUUAUUAUCUUUAUUGAUUUUAUUAAAUGGAUUGGACAUUUAAUACAUUGUCUUGUUAAUAGUGAUAAAACACGUGAACAUUAUGUUCGAACACAUCUUUUUGAUCGGACAAAAUAUAGUUCUAAUGACAUUAGUCGUUUUGCCAAAGACCAUCUUACAGGCAAUAAUUACUUUUUACUUAAACUUUUAUCAAAAAAUAUUUCUAGUUUUGUUGUUGUUGAUAUGUUAGAUUAUUAUUUUAAAAUCAAAACUAUGUAA